UGUCUGGCUCUGCGGCUAAGGGGAGCUGGGGGGGGGGGGCGGUGCGUUUCGGAGCCGCGCUCGGGGCCCGCCGCUCGUCGGGCCCGUCGGCCGCGCUGCCUUCCGCCCGCCCCUGAGGCGGGAGGGAGGGGGGGGUAACUGCGGAGCGGCCGGACCGCGCUCCCCGGCCGAGGAGCGGCGAGAGCGGGGCCCGCAGGGAGCAGCCGCCGCUCGGCUGGUUCCGCCCCCUUCGUGGCGCUGGGCCUCCGGCCCCUGCCAGGCGGCCUCUGCCGAACCGGGAGGCGGCCGCGGCCUCGGCGGGUGAGGGGAAGCGCGGCGGGAGCCGGGGUGCCGGCCGGCGGGGCGGCGCGGACCCCGCCGCCGUUGUUGCUGCUGCUGCUGCUGCCGGGGAGGCGGGGGGCCUGGGCCGCUCUGGAUGGUGGUUAAAAUGAUCAUAGAAAACUUCGAGGCGCUGAAAUCCUGGCUCAGCAAAACCUUGGAGCCCAUAUGUGAUGCAGAUCCAUCUGCCCUAGCUAAAUAUGUUCUGGCUUUGGUAAAGAAGGAUAAAAGUGAAAAGGAACUAAAGGCAUUGUGUGUUGAUCAGCUGGAUGUAUUUCUUCAGAAAGAAACUCAGAUAUUUGUGGAAAAACUGUUUGAUGCUGUGAAUACAAAAAGCUAUCUACCUCCACCGGAACAGCCAUCGUCAGGAAGCCUGAAAGUAGAAUUUUUUCAGCACCAAGAAAAAGAGGCAAAAAAAGAAGAGAUAGUUAAAGAGGAAGAGCGAGAGAAAAAGUUUUCUAGAAGAUUAAAUCACAGCCCUCCGCAAUCAAGUUCUCGUUACAGAGAUACCAGAAGCCGUGAUGAAAGGAAAAAAGAUGAACGUUCUCGGAAGAGGGAUUAUGACCGAAAUCCUCCCAGAAGAGAUUCCUAUAGGGAUCGAUAUAACAGAAGAAGAGGAAGGAGUCGGAGCUACAGCAGGAGUCGAAGUAGAAGUUGGAGCAAAGAGAGAUUGCGGGACCGGGACCGAGACCGGAGCAGAAGCCGGAGCAGAACACGAAGCAGAGGUACCAACAGUUGGUCUCUAAAAUACGAAAGGGAUUUAGGAAAGCCAAAAUACGAUAUGGAUAGAACAGAUCCAUUAGAGAACAAUUAUACUCCAGUUUCUUCUGUGACAAAUAUUUCGUCCGGCCACUACCCAGUCCCUACACUGAGCAGCACUAUUACUGUUAUUGCUCCUGCUCAUCAUGGAAAUAACACUACUGAAAGCUGGUCGGAGUUCCAUGAAGAGCAGCUGGACCACAACUCCUAUGGAAGACCUCCGCUGCCAAAGAAACGCUGUAGAGAUUAUGAUGAAAAGGGUUUCUGUAUGAGAGGAGACAUGUGCCCUUUUGAUCAUGGAAGUGAUCCAGUAGUGGUAGAAGAUGUGAAUCUUCCUGGCAUUCUGCCUUUUCCAGCACAACCCCCUGUUGUCGAAGGACCACCUCCUCCUGGACUUCCUCCCCCUCCACCAAUUCUGAGUCCUCCUCCUGUUAAUCUUAGACCUCCAGUACCACCACCAGGCCCUUUACCACCUAGCCUUCCACCUGUAACAGGACCACCCCCUCCACUUCCCCCAUUGCAGCCUGCUGGUAUGGAUGCCCCCCCAAACUCAGCAACUAGCUCAGUUCCUACUGUUGUUACAACGGGUAUUCAUCACCAGCCGCCUCCUGCUCCACCCUCUCUUUUUACAGCAGGUGUAGUACUGAGGCUUUGCCCACAAGAAACGUACGACACAGAUGGCUAUAAUCCAGAAGCUCCAAGUAUAACAAAUACUUCAAGACCUAUGUAUAGGCAUAGAGUACACGCCCAAAGACCAAAUUUGAUAGGACUCACAUCAGGUGAUAUGGAUCUACCACCCAGAGAAAAACCUCCUAAUAAAAGUAGUAUGAGAAUAGUGGUAGAUGCUGAAUCCAGGAAGAGAACAAUUGGUGCAGGGGAUGGUGGAGUUCCUGCAAAGAAGACUUGGUUUGACAAGCAAAAUUUUAACAGAACAAAUAGUCCAGGUUUCCAGAAGAAGGUGCAGUUUGGAAAUGAAAAUACAAAACUUGAAUUGAGAAAAGUUCCCCCAGAACUUAACAAUAUCAGCAAACUUAAUGAGCACUUCAGUAAGUUUGGAAACUUAGUCAACUUGCAGGUUGCAUAUCAAGGUGAUCCAGAAGGUGCCCUUAUUCAGUUUGCCACACACGAGGAAGCAAAGAAAGCUAUAUCAAGUACAGAAGCAGUAUUAAAUAAUCGUUUUAUUAAAGUUUAUUGGCAUCGAGAAGGCAGUGCACCGCAGAUCCAAACUACCACACAGAAGGUAAUACAACCCUUAGUUCAGCAACCUAGUUUACCGGUAGUGAAACAAUCAGUCAAGGAGCGAUUAGGUCCGGUACCUGCAAGUAAUAUUGAACCUGCAGAAGCACAGAGUGCCAAUACAGAAGUCACUCAGAAUGUGACUAAAUUAUCUGUGAAGGAUAGACUGGGUUUUGUGUCAAAGCCAGUUACUCCAACAACUGAAAAGGUUUUAUCCACUUCUACUGGCUUGACAAAAACUGUGUACAACCCUGCUGCUUUGAAGGCAGCACAGAAAUCUUUGCCUGUUGUUUCCACUUCCGUGCUAGACUCUAAUGAAGCACAGAAGAAAAAACAGGAAGCAUUACGACUUCAACAAGACGUGAGAAAAAAGAAGCAAGAAAUCUUAGAGAAGCACAUUGAAACACAAAAGAUGCUUAUUUCAAAGCUGGAGAAGAAUAAAGCCAUGAAGUCAGAAGACAAAGCAGAAAUCAUGAAAACACUGGAAAUUUUGACUAAUAGCAUUACCAAGUUAAAGGAUGAAUUAAAAGGUGUAUCACCAGGAGGAGGGACUCCUUUAAAAAGCAUGAAAACUAAGACUCAGAUGCAGAAAGAGUUACUAGAUACUGAACUGGAUUUAUACAAGAAGAUGCAAGCUGGGGAGGAAGUUACUGAAUUAAGACGAAAAUAUACAGAGCUACAGCUGGAAGCUGCCAAACGAGGGAUUCUUUCUUCAGUUCGUGGUAGAGGGGUUCAUGCAAGAGGUCGGGGUGCAUCACGUAGCAGAGGUAGAGGAAUACGAGGCCGGGGUAGAGGCAGAGGAGUUCCUGUGCAUGCAGUUGUGGAUCAUCGACCUAGGGCAUUAGAAAUCUCUGCAUUUACAGAAAGUGAUAGAGAAGAUCUUCUUCCUCAUUUUGCGCAAUAUGGUGAAAUUGAAGAUUGCCAGAUAGAUGACUCUUCUCUCCAUGCGGUGAUUACCUUUAAAACAAGAGCAGAAGCUGAAGCUACUUGGUACCUUCACAGUCUUCCUGAAAUUUCACUGACAUCCUGCAGAGCUGCAAUUCAUGGAUCUCGUUUUAAAGGACAAGAGUUAAAGUUGGCGUGGAACAAGCCUGUUGCUAGUAUGUCAGCUGUUGAAACAGAAGAAGCUGAACCUGAUGAAGAAGAAUUUCAGGAAGAAUCUUUGGUGGAUGACUCGCUGCUUCAAGAUGAUGAUGAAGAGGAGGAGGAUAACGAAUCUCGUUCAUGGAGAAGAUGAUUCAACUGAUCAAUGACAAUGCUAGAACUGCACCUGUGUUGCAUUAGUAUUACCUAAUGUACUUCUGCAUCUUUGUAUUAAAAGGGGUUUUGUGAUGAAAUUGGAUUCAGAUAUAGACUAAAAAGCAGCUGGUCAGUUAUACGUUUUGAGAGAUUGAUGUUUGAGUUACAUUUCAGUAAAUGAUUGCUAAAGACAUCAUACUAGGAACAUAUGCAAUGUUUUUAUUACAUAGUUCUACAGAAGGUUACAGAAUUCUUUGGGUUCUUUGUAAUUUACCGAAUUGGUCAAACACAAAUGACCAAAAGUUGUUAUAACAUAGAUAAUUUUUGUUCUAUUCCAGAUACGGAAUGAAAAUUUGCAUUUAAAAUCUUUGUGAAUGUUUUCAGAAAUGGAUAGAUAACAGUACUAAACCGAAGUCUCUAAAGUUAUGUAUUCAUAAUAUUGCAUAGUAGUAUGCUUAGGCUUUACUAUGUACUAGCCUUUUGUUGGAUUUGUGUACGUAUUUUACCUAUGGGUUUUAAUGAUAAAGUGUAUGACUGCUUUGCAUAUAAGUCCUUAUGACUUUAAGAUGUUAAAAAAUAAAGAAAUGGAAUGGUCUUCAAAAAAAAAAAAAAAAGCAAUAACCAAAAAAGCUAAGGCAAUGGUCCUUCAUAAUGAAAAAAAAAAAGAAAGAAAGAAAAAAAAAAGAAAAGAAAAAAGACCAUUCCAAAUGGCAACCCCCACCCCCAUAUUCACAAAAGGAGCUCUAAUCACUAUCACUUAAUGCUAAAAGAGUAUUGAAUAUAAAAAAAAUCUCAACAUAAUGAUGUUUCAUUUACAUUAACACACAGGUGUACUCUGUUGCAUAAAAGCUUUUGGAUGUCUUCUGAAUUUUAAACUGAUUUAAGUCAAACGGCAAAUAGAGUAAUAUUCCAAUAAUAAGGUAUUUAUUCUGUAUCCCUGCACUGUGCAACUGUAGAAGAAAAUUUGAUCCCACAAAAAUACAUACAGUACUGAAAUGUAGUUUAGAAAAAUACAUUAGGAGAAGUGGAAUAUUUGGUAGGUAUUAUUCUAAAAAAUUUGACUACUCACACUAAAGCAUCUUUUUUAUUCCUGUGUAUCUAUGAUUACAAUUUUCCAUUUUAAAAGUAACACUCAGCAGAUACUAAGUUCACACUAUAGUGUAUAUUCACCCUUUAAAAAUGUACAUACAUGAAAUGUUAGUAUACUCCACAGAAGUACUUCAUUGGCUCUUUCUAAUGGGGUGUUCUGUUACGUGAGGUCUGAAGUUUCCCCUCUUCUUAGGAAGGGGAACUGCCUAGUCCUUUACUACAAAGGACUUCUCUCACCAGCAAGACUUGGUUUUAUUUCCAUGUAGUGGCAUUCUGCUGGUCUGUUUCCAAAAGAAAAUUUAUUCAUUAAUUAUCAGAGUUGUGGGUUUUACUUUUUUGGGGUUUUGGUUUUGUUGUGGGUUUUUUUUCCCCAUCAACUCAUUAAUGAGUGCAGCAUAAAACCACUAUCUCAUUUAUCAGAUAGAUGCAGGGGAUAGUACUUCAGUUAACAGUAUAUUUUCUUUAGUCUGUGUUUUUUUCUUUUUUUGGGGGGAGGUGGGGGAGAACUGCUAUAAGGCAUGUCUCUGCCUUUUUUUUUUUUUUUUUUUUUUUUAAAUUCCAAGAUAGGAAUGGAGGAAAGUAGACGGUAGUAGUAUCCCAGAGAGAAGAGCUCCGGCUGUAGAAUUUUUGUUCUGUGCUUUUCAAUUAUUGGAGGGGUUUUUGAGACCUGGAUCCUGUUUUGGGUUUUUUUUUU